AUGGCGUACGACCCCAACCAUGAGGAUAAGCUGGAUCAUGAAUCCGCCAUGCGGAUGGUAGAUUUCAUCACCACUGAUCUGCACGGCUACGACGGCCAAGCCGUAGAAACCGAGACCUCACAGGGAGCGAGCGGGGGUGCUGCUCCUACUGCCGGCUUGGCAGCCACCUCCAGUGCCAGCGCGAAUAAUGGAACCUACGUGCCCGGGGACAAGGGAAUGGGCACACGCGUGCCGCCAGAAGCCGUCGGCGCGGCCAAUCCCGGCAGUGGCCGCCCCCCACCCUUACUGCAACGACCGGGCAACUUGUUGAAGGACCUGUAUCGGGAGGAGCGCUUCAGCUUCUUGGAAUACGACAGCCCCCCUGAUGCAUGGGCCAGCUCGUCACUGGGCCACGACGCUGAGCCCAAUGCCAGCGCCGGUGCUGGCCACGUGUAUGAUUGGUCGCACUCAUUGCCUGCCUCAGCCAUUCCAUUACACGCGGAGGAAUACUUUGCCAUGCGUCCACCAGGCAGUGCUAACGACGUCGAGGCUGUGCCCAGCCCGACCUUGCCCAAUGCCAAUGCCAAGACCAGCAGUAGCCAAGCCGCUCAAAACGCGGCAGCCUCAGCCCGCACGCUGCAACGCGUCGCUUCGGCCGUGGUCAGUCUUCUGGAGACGUCUGCCAAUCAUCCGGAGGUUUACCAACAGCAGCAGCUGUAUGACGGCUACGUCAGCUUUCUGUCCGUGGCCAAGUACAUCCCGGAUUGUCCUGACCUCAACACGCUGCGAUUGGCCGUCAACACGUCCACCCUGCUCCGCGUGCGCCCCGAUAAGCUCGCCGUGCGCCUUCGGGCCAACGAGGAUCCCAGCAUGGAGUCGGCCGCUGCCGCUGCUGAGAACGCUGCUGCCCUCAGUCAACAAUUUGCUGGCAUGACAAUGCAUCCGGGCGCCCCGCCCACCACAGUCUCCAGCGCAACUGGUGGCGCUGGUUUCAACAAGGGCCACAUGAAUUACCCGCCACCCUCUGCCCCACCGCUGGGCAUGGGCACGGCUGGUGAAGUGACCGACACUUUCCGGGGUCACAUGCGCCGAGGCAGCGCUGGCGGGUACGAGACAGCUACUGCCGAUGGUGGCGCUGGUUCAGGCAACGCCUUUGAAUUUUACCAAAACAUGCGCUCCUGGUCCAACCCAGUCGGAGAGCCCGGUGCUCCCAACGACGUGGACAUGCGUUAUCUCUCUCUCCAAAACCCCAUGCAUAUGCGCCGCCAGCAAGGCAAGAGCGGGGCUGGUCGUGUCCCAGGUGGGGCAGGUGGUAACGGCCCCAUGGGGAGCAUGGUGGGCAUGGGCCCCGGAGGGCCCGGUGGUAUGGGUGGACCGGGUGUCGGGGGCGCACCUCCGUCGCCUGGACCCGGUGGCAUGGGCGCUGCGGGCCGCGGGCACGCCAACUAUCCGCAUGCAGGCAAUGCAAUGGGUCCUGGUGGUCGUGGGGCGCGCGAUGUUCGCAACGCUGUCUCAGCCUCUUCCCCCGGUUCGCCAGGACUGGGCGCCACCAGUAACAAUGUCUUGUUUACCGACUCCUUUGGUCAAAAGUACAUGUUGACGCCCGUGGGCGCGCAAGGGCGUGGUGCCUCGCUGCACGACCGGCGCAUGCAGUCGAAUCAACAAGCUUUCAAGCAACGUUUUAUGAAUGCACAGGGCGUGAACAGUGCCGAUGCAAACGUUCCACGGACCCUGUCCAGCCCGCAAUUGCUGCUUGAAGCCAAUGUCACAGCAGCUGGGAUGGAGAGCCCGCAAGGCUCCCCACUGCUCCGUGCGGGCAUGGGGGAGACGGGCCCCGUGGCGCGGCGCAAGCCCAAGGUGUGGGCCGAGCAGAUGGCCGACGAGGGCAUUGUGCCUACCGAUCGCGAUCUCUGGUGCUUUAUGAAACAGAUCCGCCUGCACAAGUAUACUCGCCUCUUUCUCGGCAAAUCUCUCACUGAGAUGCGCCAGCUCACUGACGACGACCUUCGCAUCUUGGGCCUAACGGAGGGUGCGCGCCGCAAAUUGAUAACGGAGCUCUUUAUGAUCCCUGAUAAGGCCAAGACGUUUCCUCGUAACCUUCACAAGUCUCGGUACGACAAGCUCAACGAGGCCAUUCGUAGCGGCACGGCCCCGUUCAUUCCGCCGGAGGAGCCGGGCCGCGUGCCGCCCAGCCAUCAACGCCAACAGGCUAUUUUGCAAGCCGAGCUUGCUCACAAGAGUGACUCUGAGGAUGAUGGAGAUGAGAACGAGGAGGGCGAGUCCAUGGCCAAUGAGGAGCCUCAAGCUGCGUCCCCGAAGCAGACGGCCGAGCUGACUUCAUCCAACGAAGCGUAUUGA